AUGAAGUGGUACUCCACAGAACGUUCCCCGGGCCACGAGGACUACUCGUCGGCCGACGCAAUGCUCAGCUUCGCCAAGAGACAUAACAUUGCAGUUCGAGGCCACUGCGUAGUAUGGGACGAUCCCAAGUACCAACCAGGAUGGCUUUACUCCCUCUCGCCGACCGACCUAUCGAAGGCCGUCGUUCGGAGAGUAAACUCGGUGAUGUCAAGAUAUAAAGGCCAGCUUAUUGCAUGGGAUGUUGUUAAUGAGAACCUGCAUUUUUUGUUCUUCGAGAGUAGGAUGGGGAACCAAGCUUCGGCGGAGAUUUAUCGGUUGGCACACACGGUCGAUCCGUCGGUUCCGUUGUUUUUGAACGAAUGGGGCAGCCGCACUGGCUAA